UGCAUUUUAAAUCAGACUAGCAGCAGAAGCAGGGUAGAACAGGUCUCUUCAGUUUGUUAGGAACACCUCAGUGUCCAGUAGGUCACAGCAGCAGUUGAAUAAAAGUGAGCUUGUUGGUGGAGGAGACCCCACUGUGCUCAUCUUUAGUAACAUGAUUUUUGUGGGCGUCAGGCUUUUUUUGCUCUCCUUUUUGGGAUCGUCUUAUGCAUUGAUUCCAAAAUGCUUCCAGAUGAAAGAAGAAAUCUACCACCUCCAGCAUUCGCUGAUCUCAGAGAGUAAUGUAACAACUCUGGCUGAUGGUAAUGGGCUUUAUGAUCCGGAGUGUGACCCCAGUGGACUCUUCAAGGCCAAGCAGUGCAAUAACAGUGAUGUGUGCUGGUGUGUGGACAGUGCAGGUGUGCGCCAAUCUGACAAUGGUGACAGAAACCUUCAGUGUGAGGAGCCUGCUGGUCAAAACUGGGUUCGUAUUGAGAUGAAGCACAAGGAGACCAGCAACCCCUUGGAGCCUUCCCAGUUGCAGAGGGCUAUUGCCAGUGCCAUUCAGGAACGAGACAAUGUAGAUCCAAAUCUGAAUAGCAAAACUGAAGUCAAGUAUGAUGUUGAUGCUCGUCUCAUCACCAUAGAGGUGAGGAAAAACCCAGAUGAUCAGACACAGGAUCUGUCUCUAUUGACCUACUACAUGGAGAAAGAUGUUGUGGUGCAGUCACUCUUCAAUGACCAAAUGAAGUUUGAACCAACAGUGGAAGGUGAAAAACUGGAGAUUGAGAGCAUCAUGGUUUACUAUGUGGAUGAGAAGGAACCCACAAAAAGCAAGCAAACGCUCACUACAGGCUUUCUAACUGCCACUGGUGUGUUCGUCAUGGCAACUUGUGUUGGACUCCUCAUUCUGUUCCUGAUCAGAAGACAAAAGAGGAACCAAUAUGAAAAAGCUCAGACAAGUGAAAUGGAGGAGAUUUAAGUACUAAGCUGAACUUCAAGCUGGUGGAAAAUGAUGACACAACAAAACAUCUUAUGAUUAUAAAUGCAUAAAUUGUUUAUGAUUAUAUAUUUAUGUUAUUGUCACUUUGCUUCUCUUUUCCUUUUUCUCUACCGUUGAGUAAUAUAUUUUAAAUGAAUCCUUUCAAAUAAGUUCCACAUUGUACUGACACUGGAUAGACAUUGUGUAUUUAAUAUUACUCAUCAUCAUUGUCACUGUCAUCAUCAUCAACAAUAUUAUCCGUGUAAGACUUGCCAAAUAUCCCAUUGAGAAUUGCUUAGUUUUAAGAAGAAAUGUUUAUGUUACAGUCUGAACCAAUAGUCAAACUGUAUAGCUUUUGUUUCAGUCCUGAUCACUGAAAGAAAAACAACGCCGAUACUGUAGAUUAGUCUGUACUCAUCACUAGUUAAUCUGUAUCAUGACUGUAAUGUACUGUAAUCAGAUGCUUAUGUAUCUGAUAGAUAUAAAGUAUAAAUCAACUCAUAUCAUUAAAUACCAUAAAACAUAGUCUUAUAUUUUAUAUUAAAUAUUACACUUCCAGAGAUUUGAAAAUGUAUGGUUUAUAUUAUUACAAUUUCACAUUUUAUUUUGUAAAGAUUUUUUGUCACAUACAAGGAGCUAUAUACAGUAUAUUCAUUGUGUAAACAGUUACACCAAUGUAUUGCUGGAAUUAUUACACUUUUCAAUAACAAAACAGUUAAAAUUAAAUU